UUCUUUGAAGACGUAGUGAAGAGGAGGGACUGUGCGCGAGGACUAACCGCCAUGGUCACUGCAAGGCCCCGCAAGUGCCUUGAUGUACUGAUGGAAGAGUUUGUUAACGCUGUAUACGUUAAGGGAACGGCAGAAAAAUACCACUACAGCGGCCCGGUGGUCAUUGCCUUGAACAUCUUGGAACGCCAUCUCGACCUCUGCUUCAGGUUCUUUAGAUCUGAGCAGCGGACUUACGGCCACAGCCUAUCCAAUGGGACCUGGACAGGAAUAAUUGGGCAACUUCAGAAGCAGAAGGUGGACUUCGCUGGAACCCUGUUCACUGUGUCCAGAGAAAGAUACGGGGUUAUUGACUUUAGUGAGCACAUCUACCUGGAUGAAAUGACUGCCGCUUAUGUCCGCCCAGGUGUCGUCCCCAACAUGGCAGGAUUUGUCCAACCCUACACCUUUCUGGUGAGAUAG